UUUCAUCGUUAGGAGAAGACAUGGAUAAAGAUAAUCAGAGAAGGAAAAGCAGCACUCAAUCAAAACCCAGGAACAGUAUCGAGGGCAGGGAUAAUCAAGAAAGUUAUAAAACAAUUCAGAAUAAUCAAGCUCCAAGAAUGUCAAUCGAUCAAGACUCACAAGAUAAAUCAGACGAUGACUUAUCAGAAGUGCUAGAGACACCAAAGGAGACAUUCAAAUCAAUGUCUCAUCUUCCUCUUCAUGAGCAGCUUAAAAGAGUGAAAGAAGAUGAAUGGAAGAAUAUUCCUAAAGUCAUAAAACAGACCUUUAGGAUCUUAAUAGACUUUACGCUAGAAGAGAAGGAGAGUGAUAUGGCAUUUAAGAAAUAAAACUCUGAGCUCUAUGGAAAGAAAUAUGAAUAUAAGUAACAGACAGUUCAAGCAAUCAGAUGAAAAAUAACAAGCAGUUUAAGCUUGCAUUGGACACCAGGUUUAAAGAGAUAGAGUCUAAAGGCAAUGCCUCAAGCAAGGCGCUUAAAGACGCUAUUAAUAACUUAAUGGCAUCUUUUGAGAAUGAUGUCCAAACGUGCAUGCAGAGUAACAAUGCUACCAGUUCUUCCCUCCAGGCACUUAAGGGAGAUCUAGAGGAGACGAAGAAAGAAAAUGAGAAGAGAAACAUUGCCUUAUUGGAUAAGAUCACUGAAAUAGAUCACUACGAAGAACUUAACUCCAAACUCCUCGAACUACAAGACUCCCUUCUCAAAAACGAAGAAUCCCUUAAUUCCAGCAUCACCACUCAAAGAAAGCUCAAUUCCGACCUCCAAAAAUCCUGCAUGGAAAAGAUACAUAAGGAAAUAGCAGCAGUGAAGGAAGAGAAUAAAAACACUGCAGAGAAGACUUCAGCUUUAAGAGCUGAUGUCAGUAAAAUGACUGAGGAGUUGAAGACCAGGAUGGAUAUGUUGAGAGGGAAAAGUGUGCAAGAUAUUGGUAGUGUUAGGAAGAAACUUGAGGGUCAGAUUAAGACACUGGAGGGGCUAUGUGGAGACUUGAAGUCUGAAAAUUUGGGUGAGAAGAUUAGAGCUUUAGAGGAUUUGUUUUCACAGCACAAAGCUGAUACACUAAAAAAGUUUGAUGGUGUAGAUGAUCAUUUUACACAUCUCAAUGAUGUAUUGACUAAAAUUGAAAACUUUGAUUCGACAGCUGAUAAGCUGAAAAAUCUUGAAGAAAAUUUAGAUGCUCAGUUAGGAAGCAGGAUAGAUAGCAAGCUUACUGAGACUAAGAGUGAGCUUGAGGAAAAGAUUAAUGAAGUGGAUCAAAAGCUCAAUAAUUUCAUAGAUGAAUACAACGAGGCUGCUGAAUGUCCCAGAGAUAGUCCCUACCAGACCUCUUCUCAAGGAGAUUCUAGGAAGAGAGUCAAAUCUGCUGUUAAAAGAGUCAAUCAAGGUAAAUAAACUUGAAGAAAUGCGAAAAUGGCUAGAAUACCAAAGGAGAUACACAGCUGAGGAGAUUAAAAAGAGAACUGAUGAAUUCAAGGAGCAACAGGAGGUCAUGUUCCCUAAAGUAAACACAAGUAUAGAAAUUUCUGGAUCAAAAUCUGAUGCUAUGCGCAAGCAUUACCAAAAUAUCACUCAUCCCUAUCAAUCUACAGUAGAUGAUCUUAUUAAAUCAAAUUUGGAGCAAGAUCAAGCUGAAAGUUACAAUUUUAGGCCAGCUAGUUCAAAUGAGGUGAGAAAGAAUCUUAAAUCCAGACCAUUGACUCUCAUAGAGUUUGAUGAUCUUGAUAAAAUAUCUGUUCAUAAGAGAAGAUAA